CGAUCCUCGGUCCGCUGGUUCCUGAAUAUCCGUCAACCUAUUAAACACAGCCAGUUUCAUUGGUGAAUCAAACUGCUCUCGGAACAUAUCUGACGACGGUAUUGUUAGAGAUGGCAAAACAAUUGGAAAGGCCUCAGCACUGAAAACCACAUGAAUUCCAUCCACCCAUCCAUUCAUUUUUCAGCUGACAUCAGUUCGGAGCCCAUUCGAUCCCCGCUUAAAAUUGAAAGCUCUAUGGAAUCCAUAGCAGGUAAUCUGGGCUCAACAGAGAUCAUGCUACUCAAUUCGUCACCACCUUACGGGGGUGCUUUUUUACAAGACAUGGCUUGCAAGCAAAUUUAACAUGACCAAGAAUUACACAAUCUCUAAAGAGAUGCAAGGGGAGGUGACAUAACCUGGGACCUCCGUCCAAUUGACAAAAAGUCUUUGGCAAACCUAGCAUAAUUUAGAUCUGGUUUAGUAGACCUUGGGCUAAAUAUUGUUGACACCUUGGUUUAAUGUCAGAACUUUUGUUGCGCCUCAGAAGAUGAUGUCUCAAGAUUCACAUAGCAAAAGACUGGAAACAAAAAGGCCUCCCAUAUACACCGACAGUCAAUUUGACUGACCACUACUUCUUCUUUCACUUCCCGUACCGUUCUACCUGGUGAACUUGUUACCCUGGCCCUGUCGUGGCUGACUGCCGUAUGCUCUGCGUCCCUGAUGCUUCUUGUCCCUGCUCAUGCUGGCACCGAGGGUGAUGUCAACACGUGGUGGUACUGUGAAGCCAAAGCUUUUGGCGACCUUGGCCAGAUCCAGCUUAUUGAUAUCAAAAACACUGCGCAGCGAGUGAGAGGCGUAGGCGUGAAGGUAGCUGCGGUAACCAUCCUUGGCACUCUUGUUCAAGUAGUAGUUUGAACUGAUGAGCUUCUCAAGUUGAGACUGAAUGUUGAUGAUCUUGGGGAAAUCAUAUUCUACGACGGGAACACGGGCGGCCUUGAGGUGCGACAAAAAGCCAACCUCGUUGGGCUGAAGGAUCAGAAGGGACCGUCCCUUGGUGUUACUGCCUCGGGCAGUUCGACCGACACGGUGAAUGUAGUCGCGGGGGUCAUCUGGAGGGUCGAAUUGGACAAUCCAGUCAACAGAAGGAAUCUGUUGCAGGUUAGUAAAUUGUGCAUGCAGUAAUUCAUAUUAGACACAUACAUCGAGACCACGAGCGGCAACGUCAGUGCAGAUCAGAGUACCCUGCUUGGCAUUACAGAACUCGAAAAAGGUGUUGGUUCGCUUCUGCUGCUUCUGUUUGCCGUGAAGGUCAAGAACAGGAAUAUCGAUAUAGUUGAGGAGUUCGGCGUGGUAUUUCACACAAGCACAACUACUGAAGAAGACAAUGAUCUUCUUCUUGAGGUUACGCUUGAGGAAUGAGAAGAGAAGAUUAAAUCGCUUCUCGGCAUCGCAUAUAACAUAACCCUGCUCCAGGCCCUCCACAGUGCUGUAUUGCUUCUCUUCGUCGACAUUGAUGUACAGAGGACCAGGACGCAGCGAGAUACGGGCAAGAUCCUCAACCUUGGUUGUUUGGGUAGCAGAGAAAAGCAUUGUCUGUCGGUCCUCCUUAGGGAGAAUCUUGAUAAUCUGUCGCAUUUCAUCUUCGAAACCAAUUUCAAGAAUUCGAUCCGCCUCAUCAAUAACAAGUGACUUCAGGUUCUUGAAAACGAAAGGUGUGUUUUGCAGAUGGUCAAGCAGACGACCAGGGGUGGCAAUAAGCAGGUUAACACCCUUGGCGAGCUUGUCGGCCUCAGCGCGACGGUUUGCGCCUCCAAUGACAAUACCAUAAGUUUGUGAGUGGUGAGCCAUGAGUUCACGGGCAACACCAAAGAUCUGGAGAGCCAGCUCGCGAGUUGGGGAAACAACAAUGACACCAGUACCAUUGCGAGGCUUGAAUCGCAGAGAGCUCAACAUCUCAAUGACAGGAAUAAGGAAGGCUAGAGUCUUUCCAGAACCAGUCUUGGCAGCACCAAGAACAUCGCGACCAGCCAGCGAGGGAGGAAUACCUCUCCUCUGGAUCUCAGUCAUCUUGGUGAACUUCAUCUCAUUGAUGGCCUUCAUGGUCUUCUCAGAAAGAUUCAGCUCUGCGAAGGAUUGCGAUUCAGCUCCAGCAACUGGAGGUAAUGUGAGCUUUCCGCCAUCGGGCAGAUCUGUGUUGUCCUCGGCCUUGUCCUCGGUAUCCUCCUCUUCAAUUUCGUCUCCGGACUUGGAGUCUUCAGCAUCCUCAUCGGCCUCGUCGCUCUCGUCUCCGUCCUCCUUCAGAGCCUCCUCCUCCGCCUCGUUGGAAGAAUCGUCUUCGGGCUCUUCGCGGGACUCAGGUUCGGUGCGCUUGACUUUCUUUGAUUUCUUUUCGAGAACUGUAACAGACUUCUUCUCCUUUGAAGCCUUGACGCCAUUGGCGUCCUUGAACUUGCGUUUCUUGCUGCCGGCGAAAUCCAUCUUGUUUUGCGCGUACCGUUGAUAUUCUGCACAACCGAUCGUCUCGCAGCAACUGAAUCGAGAACUUUUUUUCAGCGAUAAGAAAAGUCUUGGAGCGAUAAGCGGUGAUUUGUUUUUCCGGUCACUCCACCAGACAAGCAGUUCAAUGUGCGUGCAGUGACCCCCGCUGUGGAUUCAGCGGCAAAUGUUGUUGCAAGCUUGCCUUUCUAGGACUAGUUCCAGGUCUGAUGACUUCGAUUUGAACAAUUGGGUCACAAUGGAAACUGGAUUGAUCGAGGUACAGAUGCACAGAGUAAGAUCAUAUAUGAGUUUGCAAGUUGCGCCUCGAGCCCUAAUAGGGAAAGCUUGUAUGCCUGAUGCCUGGCGAAUACAGUUCAAGCCCUACUGUGAAAGGGUUUGCCAUUGAGGGCUGGGCUGCGCACCGAAUCGAGGAUACAUACAGACAGUAAAUGUAGAUGGGGUAGCAGAAAAUUACUGCGCGCCAAGGGCAGACGACACAAAUACAGAACAAAACCUGGUACAAAGAGGCACAUCAAGUGUAGGCUCAAUAUUCGCUCAAUCUUGUCUGCACUCUAAAGCACAGUGGAGGAAUGUCACUUAAGUUCCCAACGAGGUUUAGCCUUAAGUCACGCUACACUGCAGGUGCUGUACUAAGUCAGAGUCUACUCCGUAGGGACUGUGCUUAAGGCAAGGUAAGGUAGGUACUUUACUUAGUGGAGGUCCGAACCUUCGCGCUUGGGUCAUCCACUCUUGUAUGAACCUGAUUCUUCCAAAUCAGAUUCCUUUCUCCCUCUUCAUCUCAUCUGCGCUUUCGAGACAUCGCCCCUAUCGCUGCCCGCGACACUAUUCACUACACCCACUGCGAUCGCAUCAGCUUUGAUACGCGACCCGAGACAUAUAUUGGCGAUCUGGCAACAUCCCCGAAGCCUUUGUAUUCAUUCUUCAUCGCAACGAGACUCGAUCUCAUCCUGACUUCAGGUUGUGCCCGGCCGAUCCGUCAAAGUCUUUGCGAUACCGACUUUCGAAACUGGUCGCAUUUGUUCCUCGCGAUUAGGAAUAAUCACUUAUAAGAUAGUUCAAUCCCUAAUUACUCAUAAUUUCAUCGGGCUAUCCACUGUUUUCUGGUUUAUCCCCACGACGAAAAACUAGCUCCUUGCUCGUGCUGGCUCCCGUUCAGCUCCACUAGCAGCGAAGCACGAUGGCGAAUCCUCAACCUGACAUCCAGAGUAUCCUGGCCGCACUCGCGUCGCAGCGGCCGACAGGGACCCCAACCCAGACACCACCCGGCGCUCCCAACCAGGCAUACCCUCCCCCGCCUGCGUCGGCGCAACCUGCGGCCACAUACCAGCCGCCCCCUCCAAACUCUAGCAGUUAUGGUGCACCCGGCUACAAUGGUCUCCCUGCGCCAUCAUCCAGCGGAAACCUCGACCUGAGCUCGAUUCGACCUGUCAACUCGGGGACUUUCAGUAUUGCCGAUGCGAUUGCUCAGGCCAAGGCUUAUGCGGCCGAAAAGGGCGUGACAUCCUACGAUCGACCCCUUGUCUAUGCCUCCGAAUCACGAGGACCUGAUCGAGGAUACAACCGCUCAAGGUCACGAUCACCCGCUCGCGAUGAGUUCCGUGAUGGUGUGAAUCCGUACAGAGAUGAGCGACGUGGCGGCGACAGAGGUUCGCAUGGUCGGGGCUAUGGUCGAGACCGUUCUUAUUCGCCAGGCCCUCGAGGUCGGAAUUUCUCCCCUCGGGGAAACAACGGACGCGAGAGGUCUCCCUUGAGAGGAGGUGAUGAGAACUCGGAGACCAUUGAGAUCGAUUCAAGCCUCGUAGGCCUUAUCAUCGGCAGACAAGGAGAGAAUCUUAGACGCAUAGAGUCUGAAUCCAACUGCCGAGUCCAGUUCCUGGCCGCCACCGACGGUGGUCCGCAUAGGCUGUGCAAGAUCUCUGGGCCCCGGCACCGUCGUGCUGAAGUAAAGGAUGCCAUUAACCGUAUUAUUGACGACAGCGGAAUGGGCGCCCUCAACCGCCCUGAAAAGCCUCGCGACCCCAACAAGGGCGGCGCUGCGGCUCUACGCGAAGGGGAGGACCACAUGCAGAUCAUGGUCCCCGACAGGACUGUUGGCCUGAUCAUUGGACGUGGAGGUGAAACUAUCCGCGACCUUCAAGAACGAUCCGGCUGCCAUAUCAAUAUCGUUGGCGAAUCUAAGAGUGUGAACGGAUUGCGGCCUGUCAACCUCAUCGGCACGCGCGAGGCUGCCGCCCGCGCCAAGGAUUUUAUCAUGGAGAUUGUCGACAGUGACAGUCGUGGCGACGCGCCGCCGCCUGUCAAAAGGUUGGGAGGUGGAGGAGCAGCUCCUGGAAGCCGCCAUGAUGGUCCUCAGAGGGAUGCGGGAGGUUCUGGUGGUCCCGACAAGAUCAAUGAUGCUGUAUAUGUCCCUUCAGAUGCGGUAGGUAUGAUCAUAGGAAAGGGCGGUGAGACGAUCAGGGAGAUGCAGAACACCACCGGAUGCAAGAUCAACGUUGCUCAGUCUUCUGGUCCUGGUGAGACUCAGAGGGAGAUCGCCCUGAUCGGUUCGCGAGAUAGUAUUGCGCGAGCUAAGCUUGCCAUUGACGAGAAGGUGGAUGCUGUGCGCCAGAAAGGCAGUGGCCCCCGUGGUGGCGGUGGCAGUGGCCGUGGACAUCAAGAUCAUGACAGGCCCAGCUAUUCUCAAGCGCAAGGCUCCAGUGCCCCUACUAACCAGCCUCCACAACCAGCUCCAGCUGAUGGGUCCGAUCCCUACGCCCAAUAUGGUGGUUACCAAAACUACCUCGCGCUGUGGUAUCAAUCCUUGAUGUACCAACAACAGCAAGGCGGACAAGGUGCCCCCCCUUCUGGUGCUCCUGCACCCGGAGCAUAAGUGAUGUCCUGCCUGCUUGCUCGUGCUUGGGUGAUCUUGAUUGAGCUCUCAUCCGCAAAUGCCGCGGAUCGAGGGUACCAUCCGGUGGUUUGAUUGAUAUCAUGCCAAUGUUUUGACGCUCUUGACACCUCUCUGCACUCAUAGCCCGUUGCCACGACCUACGACUGUACAUCACCCGUUUUCUUUUUCCGUCUUUUGAGGACUCCUUGGACUCAACCUUUCUGAUGACAUAUCUCUUGACUGGGUUGUCUUUACAACAUUAAUAUUGAGGUGCAAUCUCGGGUGCGACGUGCAUGGUUGUCUUGCCAUGACCCCAUUCGAAUCCAUUUAGGCGAUCCCGGACUCGAUGCUGAAUGCUUCCACGAAUAUCUAAAGCUGCCGUCACCUCCGCUGGGUCUUUCACGAUCAGGGUGCAUUGGAUUGCGGACUGACAACUCACGACUAAUGCGUUGAUGACAUGUGCGAUUUCUGGUGCCAGCUCAUCCCUUGGUAUAACGUACAUCCUGAAACUAGCGAUUUGUCGUGGCGCGGUCGAGUUGCGUUACGUUGAGAUGUGAACCGGCAAACUCGACUGCACGAACCUCGGAUCACAACCUGAACUGGGCCAGUAAUGUCUUGAUGCACGUGGUGUUAGCUUGUCUCUUGCUCCCUUUCCAAUCAGGCUCGUACGGUAUUGGAUGAGUCGACUGUCUCGUGCAAGUGGUCUCCCUGUUUCUGCAUGUAUGUUGCAUGCUGAGUUGCCUAGCAAUUCGCCAUGUGCAUUAGCUCGCUGCGCUUUCAUCCACCUUUUCAUUUGGGUCUGGUUUCAACACCGGGCAUUCUCAUCGCUUGCAUGUCAUGAGCAAAGAGAAUGUAUACUUUGGUGACGGUGGGUUGGAUUGGAGAAAUGGAGUUUCGGAUUGCAUUGCCUUGUAUUACCAUCGUAACACUUACUUAGCCUUACGCAACUGUGGACUUUUUAACGUUUAUCAAAUCAUGCCUUGUCUCGUAGUGAGCUGUGAAGAUCACACAAGUCUCCUGGAAGUGUCAUUACUAGGUCACUCCAGACUCGUGAUCUUUGUAUCAAAGCUUUGAGUAUGUUGAACUUGAGCACGUUGCCGUGAUACUUCAGCCGAUGGAUUCAUCGCGUGGGUAGGUAGGUACCUCGCCAAACCUUACCAUACCUUACCAUAGGUACCAUGGAUCGUCCCCAAGCACGGAGGGCAAGGUCCUUUUACUUUGCUUCCACUUACAAGAAUCAUCUCAGCAACAAUAACACUCGCUUCAUUGAUGAUAAUAUUUAGUAUCGAACUCUUAUCUGCCAUUUUCAUCAUGAGUCGGCGCUAUCCCCCGCCGCGAAGUGAGCGGCACUUCCACGAGUAUCGAUGCAUCAUCUGCCACAGCGUGUUCGAAACUCGCCGUUCCAUGAGGCCAGGAAUCGGAUAGGCCCCAACUGCAUUUACGAAACAUCAUACAGCCUCGCAACGUAUGAUGAGGCAUCUUCGCAAGAGUUACUCCAAACAAUGCCCCUAGUGGCGCAAGUGCAGAUAGCAAACGAAAUAGCUGAGGCCUCGGAUCAACUGUGAGUUAAGUGCCCCGGUCACAACUACCGUAUCUUGGUAGAAAGAGACGUCGUUGGGAACUUCGACAGCGUAAAACCAGGCUCAAGGCUUACUUGUUGCGAUAGGGCGUACAGUAGCCCAUGGUCGCCCACUGCGACCGAUGCAGUCCUGGAGCCAGAUGAUGAAACAGAGACGCAACCCUCGUUGUAUGAUGAAACGUGUGAGGAGCGUGAUAAAAGAUUCCGCAACCUCGGGGCAGUUCAGGACUCCCGGACACCUACCCCUGACUACUUGCCGGCUCCUCUCUUCUAUUCGCCUGAACCAGUUCUGCCCGAACUAGAUGAGGUUCAAUUAGAGCUCUCUCUAUAAGGUGCAUCUUAAUCAGAGGCGUAUGUUAAUGCGUAUGAGUUUGAUGCGUCUUUUGGAGAAGCCUCUGGAUUAAAUGCGCCUGAAGGAGAUGCCUGCCCAGUUGAUAAUGCGCCUGCACCACACCAGAGCCGCAACGAGCAAGAAGAGUGGCUCGACAUCACAACAGACUUAUGAGUCGCGCCAAGAAUAAACAAGUGAUGCAAGAGGACUCUUGGGAUGCCAUGAAGAGGCCAUAAUGAGUGGCGCUUGCGAGGACCCAGAAACCACGUCUGAGGACGGUAUUUACUCUGUAACGGCGUUUAAUGGCAAACGGCACUCAAGAAUGUUGAGUUCAGCGCUGAGCUGGAUGCCUCUGUUGCCGAUAUGAUAAAAUAAAGCGUGUUGGAUUUUACUCAGGCCUUCUUCUUGUUGGGUGUGAUUCGCAAUAAGCACGCACAUCAACGUUCCCCUUUUCGAUACCAAGAUGAAAAACUCGGAAGUUGAAGGAGUAAAUACGCUAUACUGUAGCCGCAAAGGAGAGACCGAGCAGUCUCUGGAUUCUCAAAGAGGAGAGAAAGCCUAUGGUGACACUGGCCAAAGUGGACUUUAUCUUUACAGUACUUCCCUGAAGUCUGAGAGUUAGAGCUGGAGAAACAUCAAGCAAUGGAACUUGACUACUUGAGAUCACGAGAGAUAUCUUAGCCAGGGCGCAUUACAUGUCCCGACAAGAGAAGACUUCUCCAGCAUUGGGGUUGUCUAUGGGAGGAAGUUCGCCGGAGAGUAAGCGCAUAAGGCACUCGGAUUUAUCAUGAUCAAUGGCUAAGCCUCAGCCGUAGAAUUCGAACUCUGUACUGUGAUCUCAGGAACGGUGAAACCCGAGAUCAGAGAGUGCUUGAACGAAACUGACGGAGAUUUAGUCUAUAAGGAUAUAGCUAGUGAGUUACGCCCGUAGACCGUUGGUCGGGUACUUGUUAUGACGCCCUGAGACGAAUAGUGGGAGAGCUAGUAGGUCUGUGGAGGUCCCAAGAAUUCCAGCCACGAUGUCUAGUGGAAUACCGGUAUAGAACGAAGACGUCGGCACAUGUGCAGCCUAACGCGGGAGAUAUUAUUGGGAGAUUGGAUAUCAAGAUCAUGCGGGAGGAAUAUACAAAAGUUUAGACAGAAAUCAGUAUCAUGAGCUCAUGGAGUCAGGAAUUGCGUAAAUUCAAGUCUCUGUAAUUCCAAAUAUCGAUCUGAAGCUAUCACCAGGUCCAACAGCAGCGACCAUGUUAUCGGGUACUGCCGAAGACGAAACUUCCGGAACAAGGUCGAGAACCCACAAAGCACCCCCACGAUACGGGUCAACUUUCAAGAGCAGGAUCCUAAUAAACUUGGGAGUCUAGAACUCAGAAGCGAAGGGCUCGGGAAUUGUCAGGCGGUGGCAGUGAAGGAGAAGCCAACUACAACAGUACUAGUCAGUGGCAAUACAUAUGGACGGAUACACAUGCCUAGCGUUUGAGGAAAGCUUAUUGCCCCAAAGCCAAGGAAGGGGAGGAAAUGAUACAUCAGAAUGAAACUGGAAGUGAUGUGUUGAUGCGAGGCAGCUGAAUAACUAUCGCUUUGACCUCUCAUGACAACCAUUGCCUUGCCGUGCCUAUCAGAGGCGAGAGAAGAAGACACGUCCGUUUCUGGCUGUUUGUAAUUAUCUAUGUAUGUGUGACGACGUGACGUGACCUCAACGGUGUGGAAAAAGGUAAAAAGGAGUAAUCAGAGUUGGCCGUUGCCUCGUCGAAUUACCAAUGUUGUAUCCGUAUCGCGGUCGGUGUAUGCCGUAGCACGUCCAUCAUUGCACAUCACUCACUUGUACUGUAUAUAUAUUAAAAUCACCAGGUCCUCUCACUUUCUCUCUCCCGUGGCCCGGCGAGUACGGCUCAUUUCAACUCUUCAUCUCCCGCGGUAGAUCUUCUCCUCCUCUUUAGCACGAAAUAUCUAUCAUAUUGGUGUCAACCGUUUACUGGUGUAUUUCAACACCACCCUAACUAACUAACUACCUAUUUCCUGUCUUGCCGUUGGUGGCUAUCAAUCAACAACGAGCCAACCAGCGCCAAGUUCAUUUUAUUGCUUUUUUUAAUACCUACGAAUUGCAUAUCAAAAAAACAUCGACAAUUUCUGUGGCUUCUCUUUGGCAUCAGCGUCGACGUUGCAUUGUGGCUUGCUACUCCGUAUUCUGUUCGGUACUCACUCGUCUCGUGUCUUACGUUACAGAGCUUCGCUUGAUGAAGACAACAAUUCGGUAUUCGGCAUCUUCCCCAACUGAGACAUCGCGAGUAUUCCCAAUACAAGAAACAAGGCCACCAAGACAAGGCUAUUCUCACCAACAAACGCCUUCACUUACACACACUGACUCUCGAACAAGCCUCUACGCCUACCAUCGUGAUAUCGUGUCACGCGUCGCUGAGGUAUCACCGGCCAAUUCUCCAGUGCAGACAUGUGCCGAAUGAUGAUUUUCAGAGGACAUUGCACGUGUUGCGACCAGCCUCAGACUUGGGUUGACUUGACCCAAGAACUCUCCUGCCUUGAGGCUAAGAAUAACGGAUGGUUUGGUGGAUGUCGCCGAGGUAUCCUCGUCGAAGAGCACGAUUUCAACCAAGAAUGCUCCGUAUGCCAUGAGGAAGACGAGGGCGUCGGAGGCUUAGAUGACAGUCACAUAAUGCCGUUCCAACAGACCUCACAAACACAAAGCAGCCUCGGCAAGAGAGCAGCUGGGGAGCGAGGAGAAUCUAGCGAUGCCUCAAAGAAACAGAGGACUUGAACAAAGCAUACACUUAUCGGCGCCGGGCUUUCUUUCGGGUACUAGGCGUAACGGGACAGACAUGCUGACCUUCUACGGAGAAUCUAUGAUCGACAUAUACACGAUCUAUCAUGAGAUGAGAAGAAACUAUGGUAAUGAAUAAUGAACAGGGACUUUCAGGACCUUGGAGGCUACGCAACCAUACUGAGCGAAUGUAAUAUAUCUAUCUAUGGAAUUAAUAAUGUCUAUUAUAUUCAUACACAACGAUG